AUGUUGCUUUUUUGCCUGAACGGUCAGGUGGAAUUGGGGGAAACCAACUUGGGAGGGGACGGUCAAAUGUGCAAAAUGUCACAUCACCGUGGAGGGGACGGUCAAAUGGGCAAAAUGUCUUAUCACCGUGGAGAGGAGGAUCCCAAAUGGGGUAGUUCUCCCACGUGUGGAAGUCAACAGGAAUGUCUCUCCUCUCUGCAAAGUUUGGGAGCCUCACCCGAAACGUGGUGUUCCGCCCCGUUUGUUGGACAGCGCCCCCUUACCUUCAGUAAGCCGAGGGGACACCCCCAAGGGGAAGGAGGCCCGUCGGGGAAGGCCCAAUUGGGCGAAGCGGGAAAGGAAGAGGGAAACAAAGCGGGAGGCGAAGCAGAAGACGACGCAGGUCAUACCCCACCGUACAACACACCCAUAGACCAAUCAAGCGAAGACAAGACCAUCACCGCGAACGUUUACUUCAUCUGCUACUACAUGCUCACAAACUAUGACGACGAGAUUGUCGGAGAGAUUUCCCAUUUGUGCAAAAUCAUAAUCAAGUAUUGGUACAUCCUGCACAAGAACUUGGUUCUCAUGGGCUACUUUGUCCUUCUGUCUGAACUUUUUUAUGAGGGAGGAGAUUCCUUUUCGGCUCGGUUAGAGCUCCUCUUGGGCAGCAGACGCUUCGCCGAUCUUUUGGAUGGUCACCGAUUAAGCGACCGUCUGUUGGGUGGAGCGCGGCAGAGCGCAGGGGAGAGCAGCGACUCGGGUAGGGCUGCAGGUGGAGACCGAGGUAGUGUUCCAGGCAGCCUUCGAGGUAUCCCUCCAGGUAUCCCUCCAGGAGUCAACCAAUACAGUGUCCCCCCUAUCCCCCAGCGACCCAGCCUGCAAGACGAUCUCCACGCCAUCUUCACAAACCUCAUCAAGUCGCUGCAGCCAGAGGAGCACCCCCUUAUCCACCUCGACCCCGAAGCGAAUUGCACCCUGGAACAGUUAAAUGAAAAUAUCGGUACUUACUACUUUAGGCACCUCUACAACGUUUUUAUGUUAAGAAGGCAAAGCGACGUGUAUCUUCUGCGAUUUCUGAGGGGAUAUCUGUACUUCCGUUUUUUUAAUAACCACACAGAUGGGGUGCCAGUCGUUAGGGAACAUUUCUCUGUGAAUUAUUUGCUCUGUCUCUACGAGACGUCCAAUGUGGUUUAUGUGAAUAGGGGGACUUAUCGCCCCCAGCGUGAUUCCUCCACCAUCCUCAGCGAGGACAACUCAUUAUAUUCGCUAAACAUGUAUGAGCAGCUGGAUCAUAAGGGGAGCCAUUGCUCAGGUGACAAGUCGAACUGGACUAAAACGAGAUUUUCCCAUUUUCGAAACAUCAAGGAUGGUUUGAAGUUGCAAGACGUGGGACUCAUCGGAGACGUGAGCAUCCUCUUCUUCCUCCUCACGAACGAAAGGCAAGUGGAAAACCACCUGCACGAAGUCAUGUUCACCACGUGGGACAACUCUAGAGAGAGCACUGGAAGGGAGACAAAAAGGGAAGAGCUCGUUUUAACGAACAAGUGGUGGAAGGAGAUCCAUCACUUCGCUAACUCGAUCGAUUGGGGAAAACGAAGCAACUCACAAGAGGGAAUAUCUAACACAUCUGAAGCAAACUCGACAGGACAUUUGGCCCCGACGGGUGAUGCAUACAGGGAAGAAGAGGAACCCCCUCUUAAGAGAAAAUGCAAAUGCCUUCAUUUUAUCAACUUUUAUAUGGACGCUCUCAUAGUGAUGCUCUGCACACAUGGAACAGUUCAUUCGGAAGGAGAAAAUAAAACGGAGACAACUCCAGUUAUGUCACAUAGGCAAAUAACAAACGCCACAAACAAGCAACCCAUUUCUGAAGAGGCCCUCCAGAAUGACCUGGUCAAAGACAUCCUGCAAGAAUAUGCCGGCCUCUAUAACAGCUACUUUUAUUUAGCCCUUCAAAUGAAAUGGCCUCAGGGGAUUCCUAACUUGAGGAUGACGAUGGAGAAGGUAUUCCUAUUCCUGACGUCGAGGAGGGUUAAAAAGGCGCAUCAUAUCGACGCGACCGAUGAUGAGGUGGACCUGCGCCAGUACUACCUCUCCCUCCUGCUAAUAUGCAUGAACAAGUGUUUCUGUGUCUCAUCCCUCUGUGGGUAUCAAGAUUUGAUGGAAAGAUACUUCUCUAAAAAUUUCAUUUUUUGCCUGUUAAAUGUGAGGAACCCCUGUUCAUACGUGAGGGAACUGGCCGAGUACACAAUACAGAAUGUCCACCUCUGUCGCCAUGGGGGAGUGCGUAGCGAAGUGGGGGCACCCAGUGACAGCUGCAUCUCCACACAAACAGGGGGGAGCGGCGUUCUUUGCGUCCCCGCCCACGACAGCAGCAUGGUAGACCGCAUGGAGGAUAUCCUAAACCAGAACAGCGAAGCUAUAUCGGCUUAUGUGUAUAAAAAGAUAAUAGACAUAGAUUCAGUUCACAGCUGCAGAAAGAUUUCGACUCUGACGCAGUUCCUCGUCAUGCACCACUUUUGCCACGUUUAUAUUUUUAAAGAUAUUUGUGUCCACAUAAUAAAGUACGCGAGGAGGAUGCACUUCCUUUAUUUGGAUCGACAGAGGAAGGACGAAAUGGCGGUGCUCAUUUUGACUGUUUUUAAUUAUGUCCUUUACUUGUUUUACGAGCAUAUCAGUCGGAACCGAGUCGAGCUUUGUGUGCGAGGGAACUACGUGGCCCAGGUGAGGAGUCGCCUCCUGCACGGGGACACGCGCGUGAAUUUUUGUCACCUCAGGGGGGGGGCAGUGGAGAGGAGUGGAGAAAGGGGUGAAGACAGUCGUGAAGAGAGCGUCGAAGAGAGCGUUGAAAAUAGCGGUGAUCAGGGCGUUGAUCAGAGCGUUGACCGGAGUGGGCGUGGACGUGGUGACCAGGAUGGCCACCCAACCGUACCACUUGGCGAACGGAUCCGCGCCCCGACUGGCAAAGGGACCCCUCGCAGCAUACUCCACAGGGACCAUGAGCAGAGAGAAAAGAAGAAGCUAUUUCUACACAAUUCACUCUUUUUCAAAUUUCACGGAGACCUCUUCAAUGUGGUGCACCUAAACGCAGUAAGCAGCGACGAGGCCAAGAGAGACUACUUUAAGAACAUAGAAGAAGACAUGAGAAGUAUUAUCAACAAGGCAGGGGAAAACAUUCCGUGUGAGAGGCUUGUAAACAUCCUUGUGGACGAUGAUUUCUACGACUUGUAUGAUGAAAAAGAGGGGAGGGAUACCACUGCACGAAGGAACCCUGGCGAGGGUGCUACAAAGGACCUUAAAGAUAAUAACUACUUCAAUAGAAGGAAGUACCACCAAGAGGUUCAUUACCACGACAUCAGGCACACGGCAGACCAUAUUUUCCACUUUGCAAAGAAGUUUCUUUGCCAUGAGGAUCUCUACGUGCGAUUCAGUGCCCACCUCUGCGCCCUACGAUGCCUCUUCAUUUUUUCAACGCGACUGUAUGAGUUGUAUCCGAAGAUAUACCAGCUGUGGGGGUACGUAAAAAUCAACUUCAGAAAAGACGACUACAUGAACGACACAGUCCUUUUGAAAAUAAUUAAUUACGUGGCAACCAUCGAUGAUCAAUUUUCCCCAAAUUUCAUCCUUAGCGACAUAAUACCGGAGCUUUUCCGAAAAAUGGAGAAGCUCGAAAUGGGAAGGGAGAUGCCUAAGCAGAGUUUCGAGCACAGAUUCCUCGUCAACGCAAUGCUACUCCUCGUGAACCUGUCAAAGGAGGAAAGCUGUUUUGAGAAUAUUCACCCUUUUGUCAUCCAUUUUUGUCUAAAGUGUCUGCGCGAAGGAGUGCACGAACAGAUUAAGAGGCUCACCCUAAACAUUAUUUGCAACUUCUUCCUCAGUGACAUUCCAAAGAUAAGCCAAGCAAUACAAAAUGUGCGCAUCGUUAAAGAGAGGAUUGACCAAAUGUAUGGAAACGGUGGAAAUAGUGGAAAAAAUGGAAGCAAUGGAAACAAUGACGAAAAGCUACGAACCCAGUUUUUAAGAAGUCUCGUUAAGGAUGUCAGUAUAGAGCAGCCGUUACUAUUCCUUUCCUGUUUUCUGCAAGUGGAAAAUAUGAAGGAUGUCCUUUCUUUAGUAUUUCAUGUCGAUCUCAGUAUCGUUAAUUUUUUGUCAAUUUAUUUUGAAUUCCUGCAAAUGAAGUACAGAUAUAAAUGUCGCCUGCACCAGCACUGCCUUCUCGUGUCCAGUCACUUCUUAGGGGGGGAGCACCCAGGGCGUGUGGCGACUCCAGGUGGAGGCACACGUGGGGUGUCCCAAUCUUUGGCGUGA